ACGUCUACACAAAGAAAAAAGGGCUCAAAGAAAUAAGACUACUACAAGCCCAAACCUAUCCUUCAGUACAAAUAACCCAUAUAUCAAUGAAACAAAUGAAACUGUUGCAGAUAACAAUGAACCUCUUACUGUAGAAGCAAGCAUAACUACUACUUGCUGUCAAGAGCUUCCUCAUGUAAAACUAACAACAGAAAACCUAUCUCCAACAAGCAGCAACUCAGAAAUCCAAGAACAACCAUUGACUACAACUCUAUCUGCCUCUACAAAGAUGAAGAUCGAAAAGGUUAACACUGAUCAGGAUGUUGUUCUUAUGGAAACAAAUGAAAAUAAUAAUGCAGAUAAUAAUACAUCUACAACAACCUCUACGAAAAUACUCAAAAACAAAUCUAACAAGAAAGAACAAAAUCAUGUCAAAUCAUCAAGACCCUCGAGAAAAAGGGAUCUUUUAUCAGACAAUGAAACAAAAGGUGAUCGCCACCAAGAGUAUUAA